GCGGAACAGCAGCAGCAGCAGCAGCAUCACCGGAGCCGAAUGGAGUAAUCACAAAGACAUAAUUAUCCCAGACAGCGUCUCUGUUACUACCUACAAACAUUGUUUACGUUGUUUACCCAACAACAACAUGGCAGAAGACCAGUCCUCCCAGCCCUGGACCAUCGACAGGGAUGACUACGAACUCAAUGAGGUGAUAGGCAGUGGAGCCACUGCAGUGGUCCAGGCAGCAUACUGCAAGCCAAGAAAGGAGAAGGUGGCCAUCAAACGUAUCAACCUGGAAAAGUGUCAAACUAGCAUGGAUGAGCUCCUGAAAGAGAUCCAGGCUAUGAGCCAGUGCCACCACCCAAACAUCGUGUCUUAUUACACCUCCUUUGUAGUGAAGGAUGAGCUGUGGCUGGUGAUGAAGCUGCUCAGUGGAGGCUCCGUGCUGGACAUCAUCAAGCAUAUCAUCUCUCGUGGCGAGCACAAGACGGGGGUGCUGGAUGAGGCGAGCAUCGCCUCCAUCCUGAAGGAGGUGUUGGAGGGGCUGGAGUACCUGCACAAAAACGGGCAGAUCCACCGGGAUCUAAAAGCUGGAAAUAUUCUUCUGGGAGACGACGGCUCGGUGCAGAUUGCUGACUUUGGUGUGAGUGCCUUUCUAGCAGCAGGAGGAGACAUGACCAGGAACAAGGUCCGCAAGACGUUCGUGGGGACGCCGUGCUGGAUGGCGCCCGAGGUCAUGGAGCAGGUCCGUGGCUAUGACUUCAAAGCCGACAUCUGGAGUUUUGGGAUAACGGCCAUUGAACUGGCCACUGGAGCUGCUCCCUAUCACAAAUAUCCACCAAUGAAGGUGCUGAUGCUGACUCUGCAGAACGACCCUCCCUGUCUGGAGACUGGCAUCACAGACAAGGAGAUGGUGAAGAAGUACGGCAAGUCCUUCAGGAAGAUGCUCUCUCUCUGUUUACAGAAAGAUCCAGAAAAAAGGCCAACUGCUGCAGAGUUGCUGAAGCAUAAAUUCUUCACGAAAGCCAAAAACAACGAGUACUUGCAGGACAGGCUUCUACACAAAGGUCCAACAAUAACAGAGCGAUCCAAAAAGGUGCGUCGCGUGCCCGGCUCUAGUGGCCGUCUCCACAAGACGGAGGACGGCGGCUGGGAGUGGAGCGACGACGAGCUGGACGAGGAGAGCGAGGAGGGUAAAGCUGCUGUGGCGGCUCUGCGGUCCCCCAGAGUGAAGGACGGCUCCCAGAAUAUGGAGCUUUUCCCCCCAGCAGACGGCUCCUCACAACACCUGCAGCCUCCUGGAGCUCCUCAGGAGCCUCCUGCUGCUGCUGUGGGCCAGACAGGAGAGGAGGCUCCACCACAGGCUCCAGCUCAGACCGCCAGCCCUUCACACGCACCUGCUGCUCAGGAUCCAGCUGCAGCCAACGCCAGCGUCCCCAUCAGCCUCGUCCUCAGACUGAGGAAUCCCAAGAAGGAACUCAACGACAUCCGGUUUGAGUUCAUGUCCGGCAGAGAUUCUGCUGAUGGAGUUUCUCAGGAGUUGGUCUCUGCAGGUCUGGUUGAUGGGAGAGACUUAGUCAUUGUUGCUGCCAAUUUGCAAAAGAUUGUCGACGAUCCUCAUAGUAACAAAAAUGUGACUUUUAAACUGGCGUCCGGCGUGGAGGAGUCUGAAAUCCCCGAUGAUGUUAAACUCAUUGGAUUUGCGCAGCUCAGCAUCAGUUAAGUCAAGCAGAGACGUCAACAGAGGACAGAAACUAAUGGUAUUGCACAGCUGCAUUGUAGUCAAUUCCAAGAAACCACUGCUGCCAAAGAGGGGAGGAGGAGGAGGAGGAGGAGGAGGAAGAUAAUAAUGAGGAGAAGGAGACAGGAAGCUGGCAGGAGUGUGACACUACUGCAGGAUGCAUGAGGACCACAUUGAGAAGGGGCUCAGUUCAUUACAGGAAUCACACUUGAAACGUUUACAGUGCGCUUAUACAGUAAAUGGGAGAAGAGAUGCAAUCAACUAUAUCAACUCCUAAUUUUUUCUUAUUUUUUUGUUUUUCUUCCUCUUCAUACAUAAGCACAAUCCAAACCAUCUCCUGCCAGUACUGGAAGUGAUUGCCUUUUUUUUUUUUUUUUUUUUUAAUAAAUAAAUAAACUGUGCCACAAAACUCACAAGAGUGUCGUGCCACCUUUAUACGGCACUUUAUACUACACUGAAAUUGAAAAAGUGUAAAAUUCAGCCUUAGUUCGUCAAACUAUAGAUUUUACCAGUGUGUUCGGUGGAAAAUUGAGUCUAUUAUUAGGUGUAUUUUAUGUACGCCUAUUCAAGUAAAUCUAAGAAAAUCUCCCACGACGCUGAUACGGAUAGAUUAGAAACACACUGUAGCAUAGUUUUAGUUUUGUAUUUCUGUAAAUUCAAAUGGAUUUUUACAUAGAAUAUAAGAAAAUUACCAGAUUCCUGUAUAAGGCGGCCCAAGGCGUGUGGUGUGGUGGUUUUGUGAAAACCAAAGAGUUUAGGCUCUGACUGCACUGCUGAAACCAUUAAAACCCCAUAAACCAA